AUGCUUUUGAAUUCACUUUCAGAGAAAUACAAGAAUGCUUAUUACCAAACAGCAGAAAAAGAGAUUGCGCAAAAUGCAGAGAAACUUGGGCAAAUGCGCAAGGACGUCAUGCAGGAGAGCAUUAAAUUUCAGAAAGCUGAUCGGGUGGUCGAAAACAUCAUUAGUCGAGAAUGUGAGGAUCGAAAGGAAUUGAGACUCUGCUUAGCAAAAGCGACCAUUGAGGGUUCCAAAGAGUUGCUAAGUAAACAUUUGUAUGACACAGUGAACCAUUACAAUCUGAACUGCUAUGAGGUUAAGAAACGUCAAAAGAUUUUGAUGGACCUUAUGCAAACGUUGAGGUCAGUUAAAAAGGAGACGCAAUUUGACGCAGGAGAGCACAAUGAUCUUCAGAUUAUUCGUCAGAUUGAGAAUAAGAUAGAGAAGAUGGAUACUAAAGUGCAGGUUGCAAAGCAGAUUUAUCAAAUGUAUCAAAACAUCCUGGAGUGUCUGCAGCGGGAUGCAGCAUAUAUACCUCAGCGAGUGGACAGCUUCAGUGCGAUUGUGGAUGCACACAAAGCUGAGCUCACUGCAUUAGCCCAGGUGUCUCGAGAGGCUGCAGAAGCCCGAAAGAACAUGUGGAUUGAAUUGGAUGUUCUGGAGAAGUCAUACAGUACGGAGAAGAAAGAACGAGAAACCUUACUUUCCAAUAGAAGGAAGCUACUGAACUUAGAGAAAUAUGCACUGAAACGUGUAAGGAUAGCACUCGUUUGCUUCUGCUGCUUUGUCUUGGACUGUGUCUUUUUUAAAGAAUGUUUUUUAACCAAUUUGUUCGGAGAUGUUACUGCAUACCUCACAGGCACAGAAUAUGGCAGCCGCGUCCAUACUGGAGCUGAAAUCUCAGUCAUCAGUGAAAUCAACAAGCUGAAGGAACUAAUGACCUGCUCAAAGAUACAGGAUAUUGAGCAGAGAAUAAACAUGCAGGGUGCGACUAGUGACUACUUGCAGUGGAAACUCAGGCAGCGGAAGGAGAAGCGGAAUCAGUUGAACAAGGAUUUGGACGAUCUGCUGCUAGAACAUGCUGAGCUAAAGUUUGACCCCAACAAAACAAUAGCCAGGUACAAGCCGCUCACUGGAACCCUUUAUCAAAUCCCAAACAACAAUGAGACUGAAGACAGGAAAGAGACUGAGUACUUAGUGGCCUUGUGUCAAGACACCAAUCGCUCCCUCAAUGUCAGCAAGUUGAAGGAGCUGGUGAUUGACCUGAGGAAGGGAAGUGGAGAGCACAUCCAUGUCUGCAUCAGUGGUGCUGAGGUGGAGAUGGCGGGUACGGAACAACAGUUGAAGCUUGAAAAGGAGAAGCUUGCGAAUGUGUUAACGCAGCUGUGCAACAGUGAACAUCUCCUCUUGUCCAUUGAGAAUGGGAUUGACAAUUUGUACUACACCCUAUACGGCAUUCCUGGUACCACUGAGAUGUCUACUAGUGAACCACAGGACACCUAUGAGAAGUUACAAAUCUGUGAGGAAAAGUUAAUUUUCUUGGAGAACAAAGUUAGCAACUUCGUCAUUGACGAGUGGAUGUCAACUGAACAACAGAAGUUAACAGAAUUAAUUGAGAAGACAUUUGGUGAGAAUGAAAUGAACAGAAAUGUCAUGGUUGAUGUAGAUGACUUUGAAAUCCACGAUGAUUUGGACUUUUUAGCAGCAGGAACGGACGGUAUUCUCACAAGAGAAGAAAUUAAACGACGGAGUGAACUUCUUGUGCAAGACAAGACCCGGAUAGUGAGGAGAGUGAAGAAGAAGGGCAGGAAACGCUAUCGCCUGCGCAUUGUGGAUGAUCCUCCCGCGCAGGCGCAGUGCCCCAGCGCGAAGCUGGGCUGUGUCGAUUGUACCGGCUGGUGUGUUGUCUGCGUGAGCGCCUGCGCGUUGAGGGCGAUCCUCCCGCGCAGGCGCAGUGUUCCGGCACGGAGCCGGGCUGUGUCGGUUGUACCGGCUGCUGGGUUGUCUGCGUGA